CGCAGCUGGACCCCAACCCCUGACCAUUAUGGCCACCUUUGAUGGAUAUCAGGUGUUGGAGGAGCUGGGCAGUGGGAGCUUCGGUGUAGUGUACAAAGCUAUCGAAAAGGCAACGGGCGAGACGGUGGCCAUCAAACUCAUUGACCUCGAGGACAGCCACGACGAGCUCUCCGACAUCCAAGCCGAAAUCAGUCUGCUCAGCACAUGCAAGAGCCCCUACGUGACCGAGUACAAAACUAGCUUCGUUAAGGGCGUCAAGCUAUGGAUUGUCAUGGAAUAUCUAGGUGGUGGCUCAGCAUUGGACUUGAUGAAACCGGGCCCCUUCGGCGAAGCUCACAUCGCCAUCGUCUGCAAGCAGCUGCUUCUCGGCCUCGAGUAUCUGCAUGCGACCGGCAAGAUUCAUCGGGACAUCAAAGCUGCAAACGUACUUCUCACCGACUCGGGCAAAGUCAAGCUGGCUGAUUUCGGUGUCGCCGCCCAAUUGCACGAUUACAAGUCGCAGCGCCAUACUUUCGUUGGAACACCUUACUGGAUGGCCCCCGAGGUCAUACAAGAAAACGGCUACGAUUUCAAAGCCGACGUUUGGUCUCUGGGGAUAACAGCACUGGAAAUGGCCAAGGGAGAACCGCCCAACGCGCAUAUUCACGCUAUGAAGGCAUUGUUCAUCAUUCCCAAGGAUCCCGCUCCCCGUCUGGAGGGAGACAGUUGGAGCAAGGAUUUCAAGGACUUCAUCGCACAGUGCUUGAUCAAAGAUCCGGACCGCCGUGCGAGCGCAAAGGAGCUACUCGAUCAUCGCUUCAUAAGGCGAGCUGGUAAAGUCGAGGCCAUGCGAGAACUCAUCGAGCGCAAGCAGAUGUUUGAUGCUCAGCAGGACACCACAAAGCACCUCAGAUACUACGAGGAAACAAUGGUCGAUCUGAGCCCCAAAACGGAAGAAGAUGAAUGGAUCUUCGACACCAUCAAACAAUCCACAAUAAUCCCUGCGCGUCAAACUAUGAAGCGCCGAAAGAUGGCCCGAAUUCCCUCUUCGGAAGCUGCCGAUAGCUGCGCUUCCAUGAUGCAGCAUCUUGAUAUGAACGCGGCUCCGUUGGGCAGUGUCACCGAUUCUCCUAUGCCCGAACGACGCCGUCCCGUUUCGAGAAAGUCUUCCUCGUCCACGCAGGUGUAUACGCCAACAGGCUCAACACCCACCGCUCAUCGUAUCAGCAGCCCGUCGAAGAAACCCUUGGGAGUGGAUCUGAGUUUUGGCAAUUCUCCUUCCACAGUGAGACACUUUAAGCGGGUGUCAUCUGGUGAACGCCGCGCAGCCCUCUCUUCCAACCCUCCAGUCAACUCGAAUUCGUUUCAUCCAAACCCCAACGCGAAAACCUUCCGUCCUACACCGCCCAACUCUGCGAAUCCGCUGGACUUCAAUGACGAAAACGAGCCUCCAGCCCCCGUGUACCAACAACCUGUGCCCAUCACCAAGGAUGCACUUUACGGUCGCCGCGCCUACAGCAAAGUUAUGGAUUCUGUUUUUCAAGAAGCUUACGCGAAUUCGGCUUCCCCUCACCAACGAGAGGCAUUGGGGGGUGUGCAUCAGGCCUGGGCUCACCUUGAUCAAGUCGACCCUCAAGGCGAAUUUCUCCUCAUCAAGGCUAUGGUGGAUCGAUUGCAGAACGACUCGAAACUUGCAUCCGUCCUCGGUGUCGCUGUCACCCCCGCAAGUACGCCCAAGCACAGUACCAAAUCUUGCGAAACCAGUUUGAGUGGGGCUACAGUACACGGUACCAGCACCACGCGGAUCCGAUCGAGUACGACCACGACCUCGUCCACCUACAGCAAGGCAUCUAGCGAAUACACAUCCACACCCGUUGGCACGCCUACUGGAACUUCUUCCGGCUCUCCUCUCAAAGGUCCCAAGCUCGUACUUGCUCAGAAUAACCCUCACCUCAAAUCGCACCGACGUCGGCAAAGCGCCAUUGUCACCGGCGAGAAGCUCUAUGGUCCAGACGGGUACGCCCUGGAUGAGAAAAAGCUACCUGGGCACGUUGAGCCAGGCAUGGAGCAGCAGGGGCUCCUCGCUGAUAUCCUCUAUGGCCAGUGGAUGCAGGGGCUUAAAAACCGUUGGCCCCUCUCUUGA